UUUGGAACAGUAACACUGACACUAAAAAAGUUGACCCUUUUCAUUCUAUGUUGUGAUAAGAAUAACAUGUUCCAUUUCCAUGUGAAAAAGUUAUAGAACAAAUUUUAAGACUCUUUGAAAACACACUCAUAAUCCACUUUCACUGUCUCUUCUCAAUUUCAUGUGAUAUCAUCAAUCAUUUGGAAAAUAAAACAUUCCUCAAGAUUUUGCAUCCUGUUUUGGUAUUGAGUGUGAUUAAGAGGACUCAAAUUUUGCAAAGUCUUGAAGGAGAGAUUUUGGUUGAAUUCCUUUUAUUCAUUGCUGAGAAAACUGAAUUGAAGUGAGAAUCUGUAUCUCUCUGAAUAUGGCUGGGAAACAAGAUCAAUUAGAGAUCAAAUUUCGGUUGAGCGAUGGAUCGGAUAUUGGACCCAAAAGUUUUGCUGCUGCUACUAGUAUUGCAACUUUGAAAGAAAGUAUUCUUACUCAAUGGCCAAAAGAUAAAGAGUAUGGUCCAAAAACUGUAAAAGAUGUGAAGUUAAUUUGUGCUGGAAAAAUAUUGGAGAACAACAAAACAGUAGAAGAAUGUCAGAGUCCAUUGUGUAAUCUUCCUGGUGGAGUUACGACAAUGCUUGUGGUUGUGCAACCACCUAAUUUGGACAAAGAUAAGAAAGUAGCAGAUGAAGCAAUGCAAAGCAAAUGUGUUUGUGUUAUAUUAUAGAAUUCACAAUGAAUAGAUAGAAGAUAUCAUCAUUUUAGAGAAAAGAAAUUUCCAUUGUCUAUGGUUAAAAGUCACAUUUGUAUUCAUUUUUAUCAUUGUUUAUGGUUUUCAAAUGUUUCCUCAUACACAAGUUCUUUGGUUGUAAACCCUAAUAUUACUACAUGUAAAAAGUUGUCAAGUUUGUGAAGAUUGUGAACUGAAUCUAGUUGUUUCUUCAUACGCAAUUUUCAUAGAUGAUUUUUUUUCGUCACAUUGUAUUUGUUGAUUGAAAUGAACUCUAUCUACUAGUUUGCAUCA